AUGUUCAACAAAGCCGACUGUGAAAUCUCACAACUAGUUGUGAGGGAUGAUCUUAUGGCAGUUGAGCUUGAGAAGCUUCUAAUUCCCACAAUACAAUCAAGAAGAUCCUCUGCUGUUCCUGUGUCACUAAUGCAGCGUAAGCAACAGCUGCAGAAAGAGGUGCAGGGUUGGAUUGAUUGGACUAAUGUGAAGGCUCUUUGGCAACAAGAAGAGAGGGAGAAGACAAAGCUUCUCCAGAAGGCGGAGUCUAUUUGGAGGGAGAGGCAACAAAGGAAGCAGAAGACAAAAAUGGAGGAGGAAAAGUUGAUAGCAAAGGCAGAAGAGAACAGCAGGGUGAAAUUGGCAGCUGUGGGGGAAAGUUCAAGCCAGCAGGGAGGCAUAAAACGCGAAUGGGAAUGCGUUAUGUGCUUGACUGAGCCAAAAUCAGUAGUUUUCCUCCCUUGUGCCCAUAAGGCUCUUUGCACAAACUGCAAUGUGCUUCAUGAAAGGCAAGGAAUGAAGGACUGUCCCGUUUACAGAACGCCAAUCAUGAAGCGGAUCCAAGCCUGCUUUGUUCCUCCAAAAGCACACUAG